AUGUCUUCCCGCACCCCGUCCAGUCAUGUUAAUCUUAUUGACGACAGGGUAUUUAAUGCACCUGACAAGACAAGAUCUAUCUACUGGGACGACGACGCGACUCUCGUCGGGGAAAGUCCUACUGAAGACAGGUUCCUGCCCCCAAUCCCUUUCUCUCCUCAUAUUCCCGGCCCAGGAAGCGAUAGGUCAGCCCUCGUUAUCCCACCUCUUACGGAGUUUGGAACGCCAAUUACGUCCACGCGCGAACUACCAAGAGCUCCCUUCAACUCUUCACGCGUAGCUGCGCCCCGAAGCCCUAUCGUCGCGUCGCGUGCAACUCCUCAGAGUUCUCGAGCGUUUCCCAUCCCUCCUCGCGUACGCGCCUCUUCUACCUUUGGGCACACGCACGGAGGUUCAUCUGGCGGUCGUCCUCCGGCUAUGCCACCGACACCGCUCCCAGCACACCCCAUCCGUCCAUCUGAAAGGACCUCAAGGGUCCCCCCGAUUACACCUACCAAUGUUCCCCGAGCGGGGCUGAACAGGCCAAACGUUACUGACCCAACCAGAGGUCCCAGGCAGCGCAGCAUCUCGCUUGCGCCCGCUGCGUCCAACAUAUCCUCUCAAGCCCUACAGAAGCCCCAUUAUCCCUUGGGGAUGAAAUAUCUCACCACCGAGGAGAUGGACGAACGUAAUCGCAAGCGGAAGGAGGAGCGUAGCGCUACUUCAACGAAGGCGACCUCGCCGGCGGCGUCGCGCGCUGCGCCUCAGACAUCGGGUCAAGGUUCCGCAGCCGCGUCGGAAAUCUGUCGCGUCCCAAUGGAAAUUGGGCCUCACAUUGAUGGCUAUUUGACUUGGAAACUCGAGCCAGGUGGGCAGCUUCUCGCCAGGGAUGCUGCAAUUCGCGCAGCGAAUCAGCGCGAAACGGAGCGCAAGACCCGGGAUAAGUCGCACAAGCGCUAA